GCACUUGAUGAAUUGUCCAGUAAUCGCAAUUCGCCUAUUGUUCGAAGUAGUAGUGCAUUUGAGGUACUUUCAACACUGUUUUAUCUUAAUACUCAUACUUAUAAGGAAACAUGGAAUGAAGUUUUAAUUACCCAUGAUUUGCCUAAUGCUGGAGGAACACAACUAUCACCAUUGAUUAUGCCAAACCUGACUCAGACACGUGAUGAAUUGUCCAGUAAUCGCAAUUCGCCUAUUGCUCGAAGUAGUAGUGCAUUUGAGCGUGGAACACAAUUUCUCCCUGAGACUGAAUGGAACAAUAUUCAGAGAGUUGAUGAUUUAUCAGGAAUACGACAUAAUCAUUAUGUAUCUCCUUCAACUGGUUUUAUUAGUAAUAAG